UAAGUUACAAGGAGGGAGUAAAAGGCCGAGUGCUUGUUUGAUAGCAAGAUAUGUAGGUAGUUCAUGUCUUCAAACGUUUCGUUGCAGUUGUAGUUAUGGCGUGUUUAAGUUCUAGUAGGCUCUGUGCUCGUGUUCAGGAUAAGUUUAUGUGUCAAUUCGGGCCUAAAGUUCGAAGGCAGACUGUAUUUGUGAAACUUAAACCUCCCGGACCAACACCAUUGCGGAUAUUUGGAAAGACAUGUCAGCGAGUAACCACAUGUGGGCCAGCAUGUGGGUCCUCCGGGGCGCUUGCGUCAGGUGCGAUGCGACGCCUGGCGUCCAGCAUGCAAAGUACAAGCACGGGCUCCUUGCCAGACUACGGUGCUCAGAUUGUUGACCCCUACCGCCUCCUCGAAGACGAUCUUAAUGGAAUAUAUGAAGAUAUACGAUCGGAGUUGGAGCGCAACACAAAUCAACCAGAAUUAAACACCAUUGCUACGUAUUAUUUCGACGGUCAGGGAAAAGCUCUGAGGCCAAUGGUUGCCAUACUUAUGGCAAAAGCUGUCAACUACCAUGUUUAUGGUGAAAACAGUGCACUGCUGCCAUCUCAGCGACAGGUGGCCAUGAUCAGCGAGAUGAUCCACUCAGCCUCGCUGAUCCACGAUGACGUCAUCGACCAGAGUGACUUCCGCCGCGGUAAACCCUCCGUCAACGUGCUCUGGAAUCACAAGAAGGUUGCAAUGGCUGGCGACUUCAUCCUCGCUGUGGCAUCGAUGAUGAUAGCUCGUCUGCGCAGUGAUGAAGUUACGUUGGUGCUCAGCCAGGUGGUGACUGACUUAGUUCAAGGUGAAUUCAUGCAGCUCGGCAGCAAAGAGACAGAAAACGAGAGAUUCUCACACUACCUUACCAAGAAUUACAGGAAAACGGCGUCUCUCAUCGCCAACUCGGUCAAAGCGGUUGCGCUGCUGAGCGGCGCGAACGAAAGCACAUGCGAGCUUGCGUUCCAAUAUGGACGCAAUGUCGGUCUCUCUUUUCAACUGGUUGAUGAUUUACUGGACUUCGUGUCUUCAGCGCAAGCGAUGGGAAAGCCCACUGCUACUGACCUUAAACUUGGCUUAGCCACAGCGCCGGUGCUUUUCGCGUGUGAAAAGUAUCCCGAACUGAAUCCAAUGAUAAUGAGGCGGUUCCAAGAGGCCGGAGACGUUGAGAAAGCGUUCGAACUGGUCCACAAAUCGCGUGGCCUCGAACAGACCCGAUUCCUCGCCCGCAAACACGGCUUAGAGGCCGCACGUCUAGCCUCGGAACUCGCGGACUCGCCCUACCAAAAAGGCCUAGUUGUUACCACCGACCUCGUGCUUAAUAGGAUCAAAUAGUGGGACUUAAAGAUAAGUGUAGUAUAGGGAACUUGGUGAAGAUGCCCGAGGAACAUUUGCGGUACAAAUGUACCGAACCCUAAGCCGGCAAUUUAAGAGUUAGCUUCUGUUUCAUGGAAAAGUGAUGAUUUUUUUUUUUUACUAUAAGCUAUAAGCUUUAUUGUGUUAUGAAAUGUAGUUUAGAAAUAGGGGUUUAUUUAAAGGAUUGUCACCGUUAUAUGAAUGCCGAAAAAACUUUUACCGUUGUUAUUACGAUAUUGUAAGGUAUUUUCAAAUAUUGAUUUCAAUCUGCAUUAUUCCUCGGGCAACUUUACAGAACCGUAGAAUUAUGUUAUUUAGAAAGGCAUCCACAGUUCUCUUGAAGACGGAACUUAAAGACCUGAUAAGAUCGAUUCGAUUUAAGAUCAGUUUUUAAUUGCGACACGUUUGUUGACUUGGUCUGAAGUCUAUCACUGACAUCGCUAGACUCCUUUACCUUUGUUCAUUGACAUUUUACCUUUUUAGUUAAAGGUUCGAAUGAAAAGAAUUCUGGAUACCUUUUUUGUGAAGGUGACGAGAAAUUAUUGAUAAUAGAUUAUAUUCGAGAAUGUGUGAUUGAUGAUUGAAUGUGUACCAAUAUAUCGAGUGUGUGACAGUAUAUGAUUAUUUCGAUUUGCGCCAUCUAGUGUCGAAUUCACGUUUCAAACCACAGAUUAUACAAAGUUUUAUUAGAUUGCUUUCGAAAAUAUAGACUAUCCUUUCUGUGACCUGAUUUAUAUUAAGUUCUCUCUUGUUAUCGCUAAGGCGUAUUCAUAAAGGUUAAUUGUUGUGUAUAACACUGUCCCGAGCCUACAAUUGAGGGUUGUUUGUCGCCAAAUAUCGGUAUAAUCAUUGUAUGAUGCUCAACUUUUCUUAUCAUUUGCGAAAUAGGCUAUUUUAGUUAACUUUGAUGUAUAUAGAUAUAUUUAGUACUCUUUAUGACGUGCAAUGACAUUUGAACUCUUACUGUAUCACAAAAUUGUUUUCUAGGUGUUUUCUGUAUACUGGGAAUGAUUGGAGUUACCCAUUCGUAUAUUCAGAACCGAUUACCUCAAUUUCUUCAUAUACACGUAAAUAAGAGGCGUAUAUGUAUUACUUUUAGUAUUACUGUUAUAUUUUUGCACAAUUAAGAGUUUUAGUACAGUUAAAAUUGUUAGUAUUGUAAAUAAUGUAUGAAAUAACGUUGGUAAAUGUGCACGUAGCACAAACUAUACUUAACAAAAAUACAUAUAGUCAUAAUGUUAUAUGUUUGGAGCUCGACGACCGAUUGUCAUCGCAUAUUUUAUCGCUUUAAUUUAUACGCCCAUAUGAUAUUUCUUAUUGUAGCGAUAUUGUAUGUAAUCGCUGAGGUCGUUGUGUCAUGGGGUGUUGUAUACAUAUAUAAAGGGAGACGAUGAUUUUUAUUUAUAUUAUGUAUGUAGUCAUGUAUGUAGCUCAUAUUGUUUGUAAAUACUUGAUGUGUAAAGUGCUAAAUCAUGAAUAAUUUUAUAAAUAAUAGUUACA